CGGGACACGUGAUGAGAUUGGGCGGGGCAUCAAAGUUCAUAUCCCAGAGUCCUUUGCACCUACUCCCUUUUUCGACUCCUUGUUGAGCAAAGAUGUCGAAGCGAGGACGUGGUGGGUCCUCCGGUGCGAAGUUCCGGAUUUCCCUGGGUCUUCCGGUCGGAGCCGUGAUCAACUGUGCUGACAACACGGGAGCCAAAAAUCUGUAUAUCAUCUCUGUGAAGGGAAUCAAGGGAAGACUGAACAGACUCCCUGCUGCUGGCGUGGGUGACAUGGUGAUGGCCACAGUGAAGAAAGGCAAACCAGAGCUCAGAAAAAAGGUACAUCCAGCCGUGGUCAUUCGACAACGAAAGUCAUACCGGAGAAAAGAUGGCGUGUUUCUCUACUUCGAAGAUAAUGCAGGGGUCAUAGUAAACAACAAAGGUGAAAUGAAGGGUUCUGCUAUCACGGGACCAGUUGCAAAGGAGUGUGCAGAUUUGUGGCCCAGGAUUGCAUCCAAUGCGGGCAGCAUUGCAUGAUUCUUUGGUUUAUCCGUUUAAAAAAGUAAAAAUUAUUUGCUCCCAA